UUCAUACAAUGCUCAUGCAACAUCACCUUCCAUACUUGUAGCGCUGUCUUUUAAUGCACCAUGAUCGUGACGAUUGGGGCACCUGAUCCCACCGCGUCUGUAAACAGCACCGCGGACGGCGACAGGGUAGGGGAGAGGAUGGUGCCCACUGAAGACGACAAGAUAACUAAGCAAAAACAGACGUAUUCAAUGUCGUUCGGUGUCCUGGAUAAUUUGUUUGGGAAACGCCUCUCGCAGGCCAGACAGUACAUCAUGUCCCAUAAAUCCUGGCUGAAAAUGGUGCCCACGGAAGACUGUGAUAUCCUAAUGACAUUCUCAGACACCAUAGACGACCACACCUUGCUAUGGCUGCUGAACCACAUCCGACUGGGAAUCCCACAAGUUACAAUCCAGAUCCGACAGCAUCAACACACACAGGGCUACGCAUUCUUUAUUACAACCACAUUUGAGAACUUGCUGCGUGGUGCAGAGCUGACGGGGAUGCGCAAAGUGGUCAAACCACAGUAUGGAGGUGGAACACAUAGGUUUUCCUGUGCAGAGGAUAAUAUAUACGAGAACAUAGAGAGCGAGCUGUGCUUUUUCACCUCCCAGGAGCGUCAGAGCAUCAUCAAGUACUGGCUGGACAACCUGCGAGCCAAACAAGGAGAAGUCCUUCACAACUUCCACUUCCUGGAGGGACAACCAAUCAUUCCAGAGCUGAUGGCCAGAGGAGUAAUCUAUCAAGUGUUUCCUCUACACGAGCAACGGAUCCUCAGUCAGCUGAUGACAUCAUGGGUCCAAGCUGUCUGUGAGAGACAGCCUUUGGAUGACAUCUGUGAUUACUUUGGGGUGAAGAUUGGCAUGUACUUUGCCUGGCUGGGUUUCUACACCAACUCCAUGCUGUACCCUGCAGUCAUCGGCUUCCUGCUGUGGAUCCUGGCUGAGGCUGACCAGACCAGCCAGGACAUCUGCUGUGUGGUGUUUGCCCUCUUCAACGUGGUGUGGGCGACACUCUUCCUGGAGAGGUGGAAGCGGAGAGAAGCGGAGCUAGCAUACAGGUGGGGGACACUGGACACUCCUGCCGAGUCCCUUGAAGAUCCUAGACCCCAGUUUCGGGGUGUAAAGCGGUGUAGCCCCAUAACAGACUGUGAGGAGUUUUACUACCCACCCUGGAAGAGGACGAUUUUCAGAUGGAUGGUCAGCCUCCCCAUCUGUCUCCUCUGUCUCUGCUUUGUCUUCCUGGCCAUGCUUGUCUGUCUGGAGAUGCAGGAGUUUGUGAUGGAAAUUAAGGAGUUACCCAGUAUCACAAGAUUCAUUCCUAAAAUUUUGCUGGCUAUCGUUGUGACUGUAUGUGGUGAGGUGUAUAGGAAGAUCGCCCAUUGGCUCAAUGAUAUGGAGAACUACAGACUUCAGAGUGCCUAUGAGAAUAAUCUCAUCAUUAAAAUGUUUUUUUUUGAGUUUAUAAAUUCUUACCUUAGCCUUUUCUACAUCGGAUUCUACCUCAAGGACAUGGAGCGACUAAAGGAGAUGCUAGCCACUCUCCUGAUAUUCCGCCAGUUUCUCCAGAACAUCAAGGAGGUGCUCCAGCCUUAUCUGUACGAGCACCACAAACUAGGAGUAUUUACUCCCAAGAUCGUGUGGGAAGUUCUCCAGGCCAUAGUGAUCAAGUACAGCCGCCUGGCUCUAGGAAAGGCCCAGGCUUCAUGGACUAUCCAAUCACUGCUAGGCCCCAAAGGCCUUGCCACACAUCCUGUGAAUGGACAGACAGAACAGAACAAGAGAGGAGAUCUAAAGGCUGGCUACAGGUUCACAGAGGAAGAGUGGGACAUAAAUGACACAUUGAGGCAGCGGAAGAUUAGCUUCAAUGAGAAGGUGGAUGUUGCCCGGGACGUUGCCAUGGUGACCCAGCCCGAGGACAGCUUCCCGGAGGACAGUCCCACGAUGGUGGAGGAGGGCAUGGAUCCUUCCAGAAUCUUUGAGAUGGGCGACGAUGACAGUGACUAUGAGUUAUCUGAGACCAAGGAGACUAGUGUCUCCCCACCAAGUGGCUAUGACACAGUAGUAUGUCAGAGACGGAAAAAUCCAAUCCCAGAGAAAGAAUCCACAAAGUCCUGGAUUGACCCGCCUGAGGAGCCCAAGUGUGUCAUCCUUACCCAAGCAGAGAUGGAGAGCUGCAUGCAGACGUAUGAGGACACCCUGCAGGACUACCAGGAGAUGUUCAUCCAGUUUGGCUACGUCGUGCUCUUCUCCUCUGCCUUCCCAUUGGCUGCCAUGUGCGCACUCAUCAACAACAUUAUAGAGAUCCGGAGUGACGCCUUGAAGCUCUGUACUGGCCUGCAGAGGCCCUUUGGCCAGAGGGUGGAGAGCAUCGGACAGUGGCAGACUGCAAUGGAGGCCAUGGGCUUGAUAGCCAUCAUGGUGAACUGUUACCUCAUUGGCCAGUGUGGUCAGCUGCAGCGUCUCUUCCCCUGGCUGAGCCCAGAGAUGGUCAUCAUCUCCAUCGUGGUACUGGAGCAUUUUGCCAUCCUCCUCAAAUACGUCAUCCAUGUGGCCAUCCCUGAUAUCCCUGGAUGGGUCGCAGACCAGAUGGCCAAACUGGAGUACCGUCGAAGGGAGGCUUUCAAGAAGCACGAGCAUCAGGCCCAGCAGCACUUCCAGCAGCAGCUGAGGAGGCGGCGUGAGGAGGAGGAGCUGCAGCGUCAGGCUGAGCUCCAGGCAGAGGCCCGGCAGGAGAGUGAGUACCACAAGGCUGACCACCAGCACCACCACGACAAGACCCAGGGCAAGCCUGGGGACAAGCCCAAGAGACCCAGCUCUCUGCUGGGCAACAACAACGUGAUGAAGCUCAAGCAGAUCUUCCCCCAGCAGGGGAAGUUCUCUACGGGCACGGCCCGAUCCCCUCAGUCCCCAACCGGGGCAGAAGCCAAACUACCAGGUUUCCUCAGCUUCAAGUUCCGGAAGUCUCCGGAGUUGAAGAAGGAGCCGUUGUCAGUAACACCAGCGCCGGGGACCGUGGUGACGACUGCUUCCGUGAACCAGGAGAAGUCUCAAUCCCCCAGCAGGACCUUCAGCCCAGGGAAGCUGUUCAGCUUCAGCAGGUCAGAGGGCGCAGUGGUGUGUGCAAACGGAGCUCAGCCGUCCAAACCAGGUGAUUCUGGCCCCCAGGCCGCUCCUAACACCCAGCCCACCAGGCAGGACUUGAACACAACUCCGUCAGGCGAGGAGCUACCCUCGUCUGAGAGCGAGAAGGGAGAAACGAGACUAUCUAGCGAUACUGACAACUCUGGCUCCAAGUGUUAGUCCAUUGUCAUGGCAACAUGGAACGUUUAAGAAAGGGAAGCAGAGUACGAUACAUUUUUAUCCUUGUUAAAAUGUCACCAUGUUAGAUGGAGAGUAUGAUAAAAAAUUGUUAUCCUUGUUAAAAUGUCACCGUGGUAAAUGCACUUCCCGUAGGUCAUCCUGAACAAGCUAAAUUAUGAAAUGUAAGGUCAGAAUGCAGCAAGUUUUGGGAUAAUUCUCCACAAUCCAAAUGACAGUAAAUAUAGGCUAUAUCUGUUCUAUAUACUGACUGUAUAAGUGGAUACUAUGUACAAAUUGUAACAGUUUAACCCCUUGAAUGAAGCCCAAGUACCAUCAUUAAAUACAGUUAUAAGACUGCAUGACUUGUGGUUCAUAAAGCAUUCCUGUAAGAUCUGGAUUGCAGUUUCCAGUAAAGAUUUUGUCAAUCCAUUCAUCAGAUUUGAUGUCUUAAAAGCAUGGCGAAUCAUCUGCAUGCCUGAAAUAAAUGUCUUCAGUUAUUCAGCACCUUCUAAACCAAGCCAUCAUAUAUUCCUGCAAUAGGACAGAAUAAGUACAUUCACUGUGACUGUAAGAGAUAUUCUAUUUUUCUUGACUUUGUUUUUCUAUGAAUUAUUUUAUUACAUGAAGUAGUGAAUGUACCUCAAUGAUGCAAAACGCACUUCAAUAAACUUCAUCAUGAGACCAC